CAGAUGGAAAACUAUACGUACAACAGUCUCACUCUCCAGCUCGAGGGGUUGAGGAUCACCGAGACCAACAAGUACCCUGUCUUCUUUUUCUUGCUCUUGGCCUAUGUGUUCAUCUUAGUUACCAACAUUGGCAUUAUGGUCUUGAUAUGGAGAAGCCUUCACCAGCCGAUGUAUCUCCUCUUCUGUAACCUGUCGAUAAAUGAUGUUAUGGGCAACUCUCUCCAGGUUCCACGGAUGCUUGCAGACAUCUGCGUUCCUCCCUCUGAGCGCCUCAUUCAUUACUAUGAGUGUGUGGUCCAAGCUUUCACUGCACACAUGUUCGGCACCAACUCCCACACUCUGCUCAUGAUUAUGGCCUUUGACAGAUAUGUGGCCAUCUGCAAUCCCCUGCGCUAUGCUGCCAUAAUGACCAACAAGAUGGUGAUCAAGCUGACAGUUUCUGCCUGGGGAGUGGCCUUUUUUUUUGUUGGGAUUCUUCUCGGUCUGACCAUACGGCUGAACCGAUGCAGGACUCUGAUCACUAACAUUUACUGUGACAAUGCCUCGCUCUUUAAACUCUCCUGUGAGGAUUCAAUUAUUAAUAACAUCUAUGGCCUCACUUUCACUGUGGUCCUGCUCUCAUCCUCUAUCGGCAGUAUAAUCCUCACCUAUUCAAAAAUUACAAUGGCCUGUCUGACCAGUAAGAGUAAGUCUGUGAAUAGUAAAGCCUUGAAGACCUGCAGCACUCAUCUGUGCCUGUAUCUGAUAAUGCUAGUCAGUGGAUUGAUCCACAUUGUCCUCCAUCGCUUCUCUGGGGACGCAGAGUACAGAAAGAUUUCUGGCAUUCUCUUUCACAUUGUUCCCGGCAGCCUCAACCCUCUUAUCUACGGCCUGCAGUCCCAAGAAAUACGCAAAUGUUUGUCAAAUAUAUUCAAUCUUAGAAAAGUUAAGCUGAUAUUGUAA